AUGGCCAACACGGUUAUUCAUCCGGAGGUCGAGGCCAACGCAGGCACGAUCGAGCUCAAGGACAACACUGUCGUUGUCGUCCUCGGAGCCUCUGGCGAUCUCGCUAAGAAGAAGACCUUCCCUGCCCUCUUCGGCCUCUACAGAAAUGGCUUCCUCCCCAAGGAUGUCAAGAUCGUCGGCUACGCCCGUACCAAGAUGGACCACACCGAGUAUUUGAAGAGAGUCAAGUCGCACAUCAAGACCCCAACGAAAGAGCUGGAGCAGCAGCUGGAUGAUUUCUGCAAGUUCACAACCUACGUCGCCGGUCAGUAUGACAAGGAUGAGAGCUUCCAGGAGUUGGAGAAGCACCUGCAGGGUUUGGAGAAGGGUCAGAAGGAGACGAACCGUGUCUUCUACAUGGCGCUCCCACCAUCCGUCUUCAUCCCUGUUUCCGAGCAUCUCAAGAAGAACAACUACCCCAAGUCUGGCAUCGCCCGUAUCAUUAUCGAGAAGCCAUUCGGCAAGGACCUGGCUUCUUCGCGCGAGCUCGACCAGGCUCUGCGGCCAAACUGGAAGGAGGAGGAGAUCUUCCGUAUCGACCACUACCUGGGCAAGGAGAUGGUCAAGAACAUCCUUAUCCUCCGAUUCGGCAACGAGUUCUUCGGUGCUACCUGGAACCGCAACCACAUCGACAACGUUCAAAUCACCUUCAAGGAGCCGUUCGGUACUGAGGGCCGCGGUGGCUACUUUGACGAGUUCGGCAUCAUUCGCGACGUCAUGCAGAACCAUCUCCUCCAGAUCCUCACCCUCCUCGCCAUGGAGCGCCCAAUCUCAUUCAGCGCGGAGGACAUCCGUAACGAGAAGGUCCGUGUCCUGCGCGGCAUGCCAGCCAUUGAGCCAAAGAACGUUAUCAUCGGCCAGUACGAGAAGUCGCUCGAUGGUUCAAAGCCAGGCUACAAGGAGGAUGACACUGUGCCGAAGGAGUCUCGCUGCCCAACUUUCGCUUCAAUGGUCGCCUACAUCAAGAACGAGCGUUGGGAUGGCGUGCCAUUCAUCCUCAAGGCAGGCAAGGCUCUCAACGAGCAGAAGACUGAGGUUCGCAUUCAGUUCAAGGAUGUCACGUCUGGUAUCUUCAAGGACAUUCCGCGUAACGAGCUGGUGAUCCGAGUUCAGCCAAACGAGAGCAUCUACAUCAAGAUGAACUCCAAGCUUCCAGGUCUCAGCAUGCAGACCGUCGUGACCGAGCUCGACCUUACCUACCGCCGCCGAUUCUCCGACCUCAAGAUCCCAGAGGCCUACGAGAGCUUGAUCCUCGACUCGCUCAAGGGCGACCACUCCAACUUUGUCCGUGACGACGAGCUCGACGCCUCGUGGCGUAUCUUCACUCCUCUCCUUCACUACCUCGACGACAACAAGGAGAUCAUCCCCAUGGGCUACCCAUACGGCUCCCGCGGUCCAGCUGUCCUCGACGACUUCACUUCUUCAUACGGCUACAAGUUCGCAGAUGCAGCAGGGUACCAAUGGCCACAGCACCAGAUCGAACCCAACAAGUUGUAG